AAGCUCGGAGGCUUUUCUCGAGUGGGAGUUAGAGCGGAGCGCAGACCCGGACAGGUCUCACCUAACCACGGAGUUUGAAACGGACCGAGUUCGGGUUUGAUUCAUGGGACACGCCAGAGUCGGGCCAUUUAGGAUGUGCACGUCCGUCUCCAGCAGAACCAGAACUUGAAGGAGGUUUGCUGUCGGUACCGGAGGUCCAGAUCAGCCAUGGAUGAAAGCAGGUUCUUUGUGCGUUCGUGCUCCGUUCCCGCGUGGAGCAUCUAGACCUGCGGACCCGCGUGACAGGAUGCCGCGGUGUCGGUUCGACUCCGCUCCGGCCCUGCUGACCCUGCUGCUGAUGGGGAUGUGCGCAGGCGCAGACCCGCGCGGCGCCGCGGACAGCAGCGGGCGCUUCCACCAGCUCACGCACGGCCAGUGCACGUACACCUUCAUCCUACCGGAGGCAGGGGGCGCUGCGGGGGGCUCAUGCCGGGAUGCGUCCUCCGCGCGCGACGCCAACUCCGUGCAGCGGGACGCCCCGCCCCCUGACGCGCACCUGCCCAGCCAGAAGCUCCAGCAGCUGGAGAGCAUCAUGGAGAACUACACGCAGUGGCUGCACAAGAUUGAGAGCUACAUGAGAGAGAAGAUGAAGACCGAGGUGACCCAGCUGCAGCAAAGCGCCGUCCACAACCACACUGCAGCCAUGCUGGAGAUGGGAACCAACCUCUUGUCCCAGACGGCGGAGCAAACACGCAAACUCACAGACGUGGAGGCACAGGUUCUGAACCAAACAUCCCGGCUCGAGAUCCAGCUGCUGGAAAACUCUCUUUCCACCAAUAAGUUGGAGAAGCAGCUAAUGAUCCAGACGAAUGAGAUCAGCAAGCUCCACGACAAGAACAGCUUUCUGGAGCAGAAGAUUCUAGAGAUGGAGCUGCGACACCAGGAGGAGCUGGAUACGCUGAAGCAAGAGAAGGGAAGUCUCCAGGCUCUGGUGGGGAGGCAGAGCAGUAUCAUCAGGAAUCUGGAGUCCCAGCUGAGCCGCGCCACAGGAAACAGCACUGCCCUGCAAAGACAACAGCAGGAGAUGAUGGACACGGUCCACAACCUGCUGAACCUGUGCUCCAAGGAUGGAGUUGUACCAAACAGUACAAAGCCGGCAGAGGAGGACAGAACGUUUCGUGACUGCGCUGACCUGUAUCAGGCUGGCUUCCAUAAGAAUGGCGUGUAUAUCGUCCACGUCAAUUCACAAGAGACCAAAAAGGUGUACUGUAACAUGGAGACGGCUGGUGGUGGGUGGACUGUAAUGCAGCGCCGAGAAGAUGGAAGUGUGGACUUCCAGAGGACAUGGAAGGAAUACAAAAUGGGAUUUGGAAGCGUGUCCUCCGAGCACUGGCUGGGGAACGAGUUUGUUUAUCAGCUGACCAGCCAGAGGCAGCACGUUCUCCGAGUGGAGCUGAGCGACUGGGACGGACACCGGGCCUUCUCGCUGUACGACCGCUUCCAGAUCGGCAGCGAGAAACAGAACUACAGGCUUUUCCUGAAGAGCCACAGUGGGACAGCAGGCAGGCAGAGCAGCCUGGUCGUCCACGGCGCCGACUUUAGCACGAAGGACGUGGACCACGACAACUGCAUCUGCAAGUGUGCCCUUAUGCUAACUGGAGGUUGGUGGUUUGACGCAUGUGGACCGUCCAACCUCAACGGGAUGUACUUCACACGAGGACAACACAUCGGGAAGUUGAAUGGUAUCAAGUGGCAUUACUUCAAGGGUCCCAGUUACUCGCUUCGAGGCACAGCCAUGAUGAUCCGUCCUCUGGACUUCUCCUGAACCGGGGAGCACGCCACGAGGAGGCCUCUCCUCGCAUCUUCCUGCCUCAUCUCACUUUCUCCAGACGUGGGAGCCGUGUCCCACGUCUGGAGUGGCUAACACGUUCUAAGCGACGUGUUAGCAACAGCAGGGGAUUAGCACACAAAGGCCGGACCCAAAUUCCUCCCUUACCCCUACAUUUAGCCCUCCAAGCGGAGAGAAAUGGAAAAAUAGCGCCUUCAAAUUCGGACAUCAUUGCCACUCAAUGAUGUCAUCAAUGGUCGUCUAUAUUAGCGCUCGUAAAGUGCACAACAUUGAAGAGGUCAUGCUGAAACAUAAAGUCAACACUUUUCAGAGCACAAGCACGAGAAGAAAUACGCUGCUCCUCCGCCCACAAGGGCAGCGCGGAUCACCCUACAGGCGGAGGGAUAAUUAGGCCUAAGUCGCUGCGCCUCCCCCUUUAAAAGACACUUUCUGACACCGCUACAGCUUCUAAUGCCCCUACAGUUGGGGCAACAGGGAGGAGCCAAAGGGGUCAGAUUCUGCUAAACUGUUUUGGUGCACAAGCCUGGAUGUGACGUAUCAACAGACAUCUAAGGCCGCCUUUACACUGCAGGUCUUGAUGCUCAUAUCCGAUUUUCUGACUAUAUCCGAUUUUUUUGACGACUCGCUUACAUUAUCUUUUAAAAGUGACCCGU